AUGAAGGCCGUCAGUACUCUUACUUUGGCAAGCUUGCUAUCCUCAGUCAAUGCUCAUGGGUAUUUGACCACUCCUUCCAGCCGUACUAGGCUUGGCUUCGAGGCUGGCAUUGAUACCUGUCCGGAAUGUUCCAUCCUUGAGCCUGUCGCUGCUUGGCCCGACCUAGAAGAAGCCCAGGUUGGUCGAAGUGGGCCAUGUGGAUACAAUGCGCGAGUCAGUGUGGACUACAAUCAGCCUGGUGACUACUGGGGCAACUCUGUCGUCGCAACAUAUACCGCUGACGAAAUCGUUGAAGUUCAAUGGUGUGUCGACAACAAUGGCGACCAUGGUGGCAUGUUCACCUACGGUAUCUGUCAGAAUCAAACUCUGGUUGAUUUGUUUCUUACUCCGGGCUACCUUCCAACCACCGAAGAGAAACAAGCUGCUGAGGAUUGUUUCCUGGAGGGUGAAUUGAAGUGCACGGAUGUUGAUGGCCAGGCCUGUGGUUACAAUCCCGAUUGCACAUCUGAUGAGGCAUGCUACCGCAACGACUGGUUUACUUGCAAUGCCUUUAGCGCCAACACCAACCGUGGUUGCCAGGGUGUGGAUGGCGCCGCAGAAGGCUCCUGUAAGACAACUAUCUCGGGUGGUUACACGGUUACGAAGAAAAUUAAAAUCCCUGACUAUGAUUCGGAUCAUACCCUGCUGCGCUUCCGGUGGAAUUCUUACCAGACGACACAGGUGUAUCUUCACUGUGCUGAUAUUGCUAUAUCGGGCUCGGGAUCAGGAUCAACUUCGAGCUCAAGCUUGAGCACCUCUUCUACCAGCUCAGCUAGCUCGAGUAGCUCGACAAGCUCGACUGCAACCACCUUGACAACCACGACAAGUACCACAACAUCCUCAGCGACAUGCACUGCAGCUACAACUAUCUCGGUGACCUUCAAUGAACUGGUGACUACGACAUACGGUGAAAAUAUAUUCAUUACCGGGUCCAUCAACCAGUUGAGCUCUUGGUCCACCUCGUCCGCAAUUGCCUUGUCUGCAAGCUCGUAUACAUCGUCUAAUCCAUUGUGGACGACUACCAUUAGCCUUCCUGUUGGCACCACCUUUGAAUACAAGUUCAUCAAGAAAGAGGCGGACGGUAGCAUUGUAUGGGAAAGUGAUCCUAAUCGGAGCUAUACUGUCCCAGCGGGCUGCUCAGGAGCAACGGUGACUGCUGCUGCAACUUGGCGGUAG